AUGUUAGGCGAGGAUGCCGUGAGCAUCGAGGAUGAGAUCCUGCGUAGCCACGGAUAUUCAGAUUGGUCCACCAUAAACAUCGAUCGACUCCCAGUUGCUGUAGUGUUUCCCAAGUCUACAGAAGAAGUAUCGCAAAUUGCCAAAAUAUGUUACAAAUACCGAGUUCCAAUCAUUCCUUACUCUGGUGGAUCCAGCGUCGAAGGUCAUUUCUCUGCUCCAUAUGGUGGAGUAAGCGUGGACUUUAUGAACAUGGCGCAGAUCUUGACCAUACACCAAGAAGAUAUGAACAUUGAAGUUCAGCCAUCGGUGUCGUGGUUGGAGAUGAAUGAGAAGAUCAAAGACACUGGGCUCUUCUUCCCCAUAGAUCCUGGUCCUUCGUGCAAAUAUAACGAAUUAUCUGGAAUGAUUCUCACAUGCAGUAGUGGCACGAAUGCAGUCCGAUACGGAACCAUGAGGGAUUGGGUAGUAAAUUUGACUGUAGUUCUUGCUGAUGGAUCCAUUGUGAAAACCCGCCGGCGGCCGAGAAAAUCCUCAGCAGGAUACAGCCUGAAUUCACUCUUCGUUGGAUCCGAAGGCACUCUUGGUCUUGUUACAGAGGCCACGCUGAAAUUAGCACCCAUUCCCGCCGAAAAUGGAGUAGCGGUAGUCACUUUUCCCACCAUCAAGGACGCAGCAAGCAUGGCCGCAGAGGUGAUCAAUGCAGGAAUCCCGAUAGGAGCGGUUGAAAUCCUAGACGACGUACUGAUGAGGGUGAUAAAUCGUAUUGGAAACACGCCAAGGAAAUGGGCUGAGGUCCCCACACUCUUCUUCAAGUUCAGUGGCAGCAAAGUGGCGGUUGCGGACAGCAUCGAACAAGUGCAAAAGAUCGCGAAAAAGUUCAGAACGAUUGAUUAUCACUAUGAGAGCGAUCCUGUGGAGCAGAAGAUGUUGUGGUCAGCGAGAAAAGAGGCUCUUUGGAGCAUGCUCGCGUUGAGGAAGACGGACGGCCAUGUAUGGUCGACCGAUGUUGCUGUUCCUCUUUCAAGAGUAGCAGAACUUAUCGAAGUCUCAAAGAAGGAUCUGGAUAGUCUAGGACUCUUCGGGAGCGUUCUCGGACACGUGGGAGAUGGGAACUUCCACGAGACUAUAUUAUUCGAGGAAAAGGAUCGUGAAGCGGUCGAGCAAUGUGUCCAUAAAAUGGUACAGAGAGCUCUAGAGAUGGAGGGCACAUGUACUGGUGAACAUGGAAUUGGGCUAGGGAAGAAGGAAAUGUUACAUGAAGAGCUUGGUGAAGGCCCGAUUGAGCUUAUGCGCUCAAUAAAAAAGUCCAUGGACCCGAGGUGGCUGAUGAAUCCGGGAAAGAUAUUUGAUUAUGCUUGA